ACACUGUGCGAGUUCGGGAACGCGUACACAACACGGAGCGGAGUGUGCCGAGAAAAAAAAAGCGGAAAAGCCACCCCACAAGAGCGUGGGAUAAGGGAAAAGGAAAAGCUGAGAUAGAGAGGGUCCCCCAAAGCGCAUUCUUCGCAAUUCUUCAGGACGCCCUUCUGCUUGCCCCGUACUUUAUCCGGAAUCGAACUGGACUUGGGGAACUUUUGUGGAGAACCCCCAUUCCAUGGUCUGCUGAGUGUGUUGCCCCAGGCUCUGUCACCUGGUCAGCCCGCCCCCAUCCUUGCGCCGCCCCCUCCGCCUUUUCUCCCCCCAAGGAAAAUCGGAAAAUCAGCGGGGGAUGAGCGCCUUCUUUGUUUUCAGCCAGGUGUGCGUUCCCAAAACAACUGAAAAGUCAGCAGCAACAAGAGAUACAAGCUCCAGCAUCCUUAGCAUAAUUUAAUUCGCAAAAAUCGAAACGAAACGAAAACGAAAACGAGAAAUCGGCUCCUUCGCGAGAGAGAGCCAGAGUGCAUGUGUAUGUGUGUUUGAGUGAGCAGAGCAUCCUGGAAGCCAGAAAAGCCAAAUAAAAAAAGAAAAACAGACAGGGAAAAUAACAAAAAUAUAAAAACAGAGGAGCCCCUUCAUCGCAGCAUCGUUCCCGGGAAAGGAGGAAUGCCGCUGAGGAAGCGCCAGGAGCAGCAGGAUCGAGCAGGACAAGGACUAGCCAGGCAGCCAGCCUCCUCCGAUGCCACCGCAUAGACACAGAUACAGAUACGGAUACGGAUACACACACCACCCUGCUUUUGUCCAGGCAGCGGCGCAUAAUGCAGUGAUUAUAUAUCGCUCGUCUCGUGUCUCGUGCAAUCUCCCAGCCCCCAGUGACAAUUAGCUCCCGGCCCCCAACAACAAUCCGCCCACAGCUCCUGGCCCAAGGAUAACCCCACAGCAGCAGUAAAAGAUACAGCCAGCACUACAGAUCCGAUCCCGGAACGCAUCAAGAUGACCACGGACUUUCUGUUCCCCAAAAUAGCGGACUGCUCCUAUGUGUCCUGUUACUGCGAGGAGAACGUGUGGAAGCUCUGCGAGCAGGUGAAGCGGACGAGGCCAGAGGAGCUAUCCAAGUGCUAUGCCGUCUUCGUCUCCAACGAGGGUCGCACCGUGCCACUUUGGCGCCAGAAGGCCGGACGAGGCGACGAUCAAGUUGUGAUAUGGGACUACCACGUCUUCUUCAUGCACAAUCCCUCGCUGAACCGCUGUUUGGUGUUCGAUCUGGACACCACGCUGCCCUUUCCCACAUAUUUCCACAAGUACGUGACGGAGACGUUCCGCUCCGAUCUGGCCCUGCGACCGGAGCACCACAGAUUCUUCAGAGUCAUACCCGCAGACACAUAUCUCAUUGAGUUCUCGUCGGACCGGCGUCACAUGCGUCGGCCGGAUGGCAGUUGGAUCAAGCCCCCGCCCUCGUAUCCACCCAUUCUCUCCAACACGAACAUGCACUGUCUGGGCGACUUUAUCUGCAUGAGCGCAGGAAAGGGUCCUGGUGCUGUCUACAGCCUCUCGGAAUUCGUGCAGAACUUCUACAAGUCGCCCCACGUGAUGGCCCAGAACAACAAGUAGAGGAAGGAUCUGGGAUUGGGGAUCUUGGGCCCCGGAACAUCCGACAUCCUACAGCUCACAUCCCACAGAUGCAGAACGCAUCCAGCAACGCAACCACAUCCAAAUGCAAAUACAAAUCCGUAUCGAAAUCGUUUUGUCGUUGUCGUUACCAGACAGUUAAUUACCAAUUGCAUACAUAUACAUACAUACAUAUACACGCGAACAUAUAAAUAUAUUUAUGAUAAUGUAUUUUUGUAUUCAGGUUAACAGAAAUCAAAUGCAGAAGAUGGUUAAAAAAACGCUGACGCCAUGCAGCGUUCAUUUGCAUUGAACUUCUAAAUUCUAAAGAAAUUAUAAAUCUAAUUAUACAUUUUUUUAUUGUACGUAUUGUAUUGUAUUCGAUAAAAGCAACCACACAUAUAUGAUAUAUGAUAGCCGAGGGCAGAAAUGAGAUUUUUAUUCGUUACUCUCCUCCAAGUACUUUUUGUAACUCUAAACCUAAACGAAAUGGAAAAGCACCAAUUACGAGUAAACAAGGAGGACGGCGGAUAUCUGAUUUGAGAUCGGAUAUGCGUCGCACCGAUAUACAUAUGGAUAUGGAUCUAACUACCACUUUGCAUACUACGCUACGCUCUCGAUUCUGUAAUUCAAUUUUUGGCUAGGCUCAAAGCUAACCCACACCUAACUCUAACUUACACUCUACUCUAAACUAACGUUAACCUCGACUCUAAGCGAAAUCAAAUUCCAAUUCGAUGCGGAAUAAUUAAAGCUUGUUAACUUGUUUUACCGUA